AUGAAAAUCCUUGAAAAUUCUUGUCUGGACACGGAAAGCAAACUCAAUGAUGUUGAGGCCUUUUAUCAGGAUUUGUACAUGGAGAAGCCGAUUGACAUGGAUUGCCUGAACGCCAUGUUGGGACAUAUCAAUCGCACUUUAUCAUCGGAAGAUACUGCACAGAUUAUGGAGUCAAUAGAUUAUGAUGAUAUCUUGGAUGACGCCCGUCCAACACCCAAAGAGAGUAGCCCAGAUCUACUGUAG